AUGGCUCAUUCGCUAACAUGGCGAAUUCUUAGUCCUGAGGAUACGCACAAGUGUCUUGUUGCCGCUGAUGUUCCCACUAUUCGAUCUGUACUAAAAAUAAUCGAUGAAGCGAAUGAGGGAAAACUUAUUGGUAUAUCCAAUUAUAAUGAAGGACAAGUAAUGAUUCUCUUGGAUAUGCUCGCACACCUUAUUCUCUUCACAAAAUCACGUCUCAUGUCAGCAGAAAAGGUCAGUGCUCUUGUUGGUAUUGUUCUCACGGUUCACAGAGAGAGUAUGUCUAAAAAGUAUACCCGUGCCCAGUCCUAUCACAGGAUGCGGGAUCUCAUGGUUCAACACAGUGUACCCCGUCCACCCUUCUCGUGUGGUAUAUUUAAUAUACGAGAUGGACAAGAAAUUGACGAAUAUCUCUUGCGUUCUUACUAUCGUCAUUAUAAAAUGUACGUUUAUGCAUUCGUCCCUCGUGAAGUAGCGAACCUUCAGUGUCUUGAUGUAACGCAUAUGCACCAAAUCCCACCUGCCACUUUACCUUCACUGGUCACCGCCACAGAAGAACAUGAAUGGCGGUCCAAAGUUGAAGAAGAACAACGGGAAGCAGAAGCGCAAAGAAUGCAGACAGAAGAAGAAGUCUCUGACGCAUGUGAACAAGAGCGAUUGCGGUUAUUAUUACUUAAUGACCCGCAUUAUACUGAUGGUAUUCGUGAGCAGUUGGAGAUUAUUAAAAAGGAAGUCUCUGGUAAAUCGCUUGACCGACUUGAUGAGAUUGAGGCACGGCUAGUAGAGAUUGAAAAGAAAAUCUCGGAAACUUCACAGCGGGCGGAGUCAAAACAAGGGAAGCGUAAAAAGUAA